AUGGCGGACCAACAGAUAAACCUCGUCGACCAUACCAACGGCGACAACACACCGACCUCGGCUACACAACCCGAACAGCGGUCUACCACAUCGGACUCGCACAUCGAUAUCCUCUACGAGAACCAACGCGGUUGGUUCGUCUUCGGCAUUCCCCUCUUCUCGUCCAAAGCGCUAUGGAACCUGCGAAUCGACCCUGCGCCGUGGCAGGAUGCCAAGUUCAAGCCUUCAGCAGUCAACAUCACAAAUGCACAAGUCCCGGACCCAAGUUGGGUAUGGGACUGGAAGAGCUGGUAUGUCGACAUGAGUCUGGAUGUCGACGAAGAGGGUUGGCAGUACAGCCUGCUCUUCAAGGGUUCAGCGUGGCAUGGCAACCACCCGUGGUUCCACAGCUUCGUUCGGCGGCGGCGCUGGCUACGGAGGCGGGUCAAGCAGAGGCUGCCACCCAAGACCAAGAAGAAUGCGAAGGAGCGCAUGUUUGGCGAGACAUUCAGCAUCGGCACGACACUGGCUAGAUCAGCCACCUUUGGCACUGGCAGCGGUCUGUUGGACGACAGCGCACAGACGAGUCUAGACGAGGAGAUUAGGGAUAUUGCGACGUUGAUGAGAAAACUCAAGGCAGCCGCCAUUGAUCGCGAGAAGAUCAUUUACAUACACAAGUUUAUCGACGAUGGAGGGGAGGAGCUGCACUACCUCCCAGAACAGAUACCGUCCAUCAUGUCGAUGCUCAUCUUCCAGAAUUCGCGCCGCCAACUCCUCUCCACACUUAUGGACCGCUUCGAGGCCGCCAAAGACCACCGCGAGCAACACAAGAAGGACCACAAGCCUGAAGGCGACGCUGAGGAACGCAGAAUCAACAACCUGCUCAAGGCUAUUGAAGCCGCGGAUAACGAGUGUAAGAAGCUGGAGUAUUGGAGCGACAUCAAGAAUCUUACAGAAGAGGGCAAAGCCGGGAAUGCAACAGAUCCCAGCAUGGGGUGGGACGAAGAGAAGUGGCAGGGACUCGAUGCGAGUGGCGCCAAGCAUCCUGACACCUAA